GACCCGCUGGCAGGAGCUGCCUAACCCCUCGCGCCCCUCCCCGCCCCCGGCAGGCGGCCGCGCUUGCUCCCUCGCGCCCGCGGCGGCUGCUCGGAUUGGCUGCGGGCGGCCCGGCCCUCCACCGCCCCGGGUGAAAGGGCGGCCGGGCAGCGGCGGCAGCGGCUGUAGAUAUGGCGGCGGUGCUGUGCUGGGGGGCUGCGGGCGGUCGUCGGGGGCUCCGAGCGCUGCUGAAGUGUGAAACACUGUGUUCAAGAUGGUGCCUUGUAACUUCACAUAAACUGUAUUCUUCUGUGUAUGAUCCAAAUGAGAAGACUUUUGAAAAACUCCUUAUUGCCAACAGAGGGGAGAUUGCAUGCCGAGUCAUCAAAACGUGUAAGAAGAUGGGGAUUAAAACAGUUGCCAUACACAGUGACGUUGAUGCCAAUGCUGUUCAUGUGAAAAUGGCGGACGAAGCUGUCUGUGUUGGCCCAGCUCCCACCAGCAAAAGCUACCUCAACAUGGAUGCCAUCAUGGAAGUCAUUAAGAAAACCAGGGCCCAAGCUGUACACCCAGGAUAUGGAUUUCUUUCAGAAAAUAAAGAAUUUGCUAGACGUUUGGCAUCAGAAGGUGUCACCUUCAUUGGACCUGACACGCAUGCUAUUCAAGCUAUGGGAGACAAGAUUGAAAGCAAAUUGUUAGCCAAGAAUGCAAAGGUCAACACGAUCCCUGGCUUUGAUGGAGUAGUUAAGGAUGCAGAUGAAGCUGUCAGAAUUGCAAGGGAAAUUGGCUACCCUGUCAUGAUCAAGGCCUCAGCAGGUGGUGGUGGGAAAGGCAUGAGAAUCGCUUGGGAUGAUGAAGAGACCAGGGAAGGUUUUAGGUUUUCAUCUCAAGAAGCUGCUUCAAGUUUUGGUGAUGAUCGCUUACUGAUAGAAAAGUUCAUUGAUAACCCUCGUCACAUAGAAAUCCAGGUUUUGGCAGAUAAACAUGGUAAUGCCUUGUGGUUGAAUGAAAGAGAGUGUUCCAUUCAAAGGAGAAACCAAAAAGUUGUGGAGGAAGCACCGAGCACUUUUCUAGACCCUGAAACUCGAAGAGCAAUGGGAGAACAAGCAGUAGCUCUUGCCAAAGCAGUAAAAUAUUCCUCUGCUGGAACAGUAGAAUUCCUUGUGGACUCCAGUAAGAAUUUCUACUUCUUGGAAAUGAAUACUAGACUUCAGGUUGAACAUCCCGUCACAGAAUGCAUUACCGGCCUGGACUUAGUCCAAGAAAUGAUCCGUGUUGCUAAGGGUUACCCUCUCAGGCACAAACAGGCUGAUAUUCCCAUCAACGGCUGGGCGGUUGAAUGUCGAGUUUAUGCUGAGGACCCCUACAAAUCUUUUGGCCUGCCAUCCAUUGGUAAACUGUCUCAGUAUCAGGAACCAUUGCACGUGCCAAGUGUACGUGUUGACAGUGGUAUACAACAAGGAAGUGAUAUUAGCAUUUAUUAUGAUCCUAUGAUCUCAAAACUGAUUACCUAUGGCUCUAAUAGAGCUGAAGCACUGAAGAGAAUGGAAGAAGCUUUGGACAAUUAUGUAAUUCGAGGUGUGGCUCACAAUAUUUCUUUACUUCGAGAAGUGAUUGUCCAUCCACGCUUUGUUCAAGGAGACAUCAGCACUAAAUUCCUUCCUGAAGUCUAUCCUGAUGGUUUUAAAGGACACAAGUUGACAGAUCUUGAAAGGAGAGAACUACUGGCAACAGCAGCAUCUUUGUAUGUGGCUGAACAACUGAGAUCACAGCGAUUUCUAGGGACUCCAAGAAUUCCUAUUGCUAAAUCAAAGAGAAGUAGCUGGGAGCUCUCUGUGCGUCUAGGAGAUGGAAUUUACCCAGUUGCAAUUUCAAAGGAUGGCACAUCAUUUUCUAGCCAAUGCCAGCCAGCUCUAAGAUGGGCCCGCCGCUGGCCAAGGCUGAGCCCAUCAGCGCCUCUGUGAUAACAUAUUUAAGAAGAAGAAAAACACUUAGAGAGAGAGUUUUUGCAGCCAGAGAGAGGAGUGAGAAGAUGUAAGAAACUCUGCAGACACCCAGGUCAGUGCAGAUGGAGGGGGAGGAGGUGCUCCAGGCGCCGGAGCAGAGAUCCCCCUGCAGCCUGUGGUGAAGACCAUGGUGAGGCAGGCUGUCCCCCUGCAGCCCAUUGAGGAAGGAUGAGGGGGUGUAGAGAUUCCACCUGCAGCCCAUGGAGGACCCCACGCUGGAGCAGGUGGAGGCACCUGAAGGAGGCUGCGGCCCGUGGGAAGCCCACGCUGGAGCAGGCUCCUGGCCGGACCGGUGGACCCGUGAAGAGGGGAGCCCACGCCAGGGCAGGUUUGCUGGCAGGACUUGUGACCCCGUGGGGGACCCCACACUGGAGCAGUUUGCUCCUGAAGGUCUGCACCCCGUGAGAGGGACUCCAUGCUGGAGCAGGGGAACGAUGAGAGGAGUCCUCCCCCUGAGGAUGAAGAAGCGGCAGAAACACCGUGAGAUGAACUGACCGUAACCCCCAUUCCCCGUCCCCCUGUGCUGCUAAGGGGGGGAAGGUUGAAGCCGGGAGUGAAGUUGAGCCCGGGAAGAUGGGAGGGGUGGGGGGAGGUGUUUUAAGAGUUGAUUUUAUUUUCUCAUUCCUCCACUCUGUUUUGCCUAGUAAUAAAUUAGAUGAAUUCCCUCUCUAAGUUCGGUCUGUUUUGCUCGUGAUGAUAAUUAGUGAGUGAUCUCUCCCUGUCCUUAUCUCGACCUACAAGCGUUUCGUUAUGCCUUUUCUCCCCUGUCUAGUGAAUGAGGGGAGUGAGAGAGCGGCUCUGGUGGGCACCUGGCCCCCAGCCAGGCUCAACCCACCACAUGAGUCAAUAUAUAUUAUCCUUGACACCUACUACAAUUCUCUAUCUGUUCAGUGACCAAACAUAGAUAUUUGUUUUUUCUUUUGUAGGCAUUGCUGUGAAUUGCAAAACAAGAUUCUCUGUUAAUUAAAUAGUGCUAGUGUACAAAGAGUUUUCUCUGCUCAUGCCUGUGGAACAUUUUUGUAUCUACUUGUUUAUUAAAUUAGUUUUCUAAUUAA